AGCGGAAGGAGAUGCAGUUCCGGGAUUUAACAGACAUCUUUGGCAAAUAGCGCCGGCUUCGAGGUCAUGGAUAAAUUUGUUAUACGAACACCCGGAACUAAAGGAGAACCAAGUAAGAGAGAUCCUGGAAAAAAGAUUUAUAAACAAGCUACAAUAGAAUCUCUGAAGAGAGUUGUGGUGGUAGAAGAUAUAAAAAGAUGGAAAUCUGCACUAGAGCUUUCAGUUCAACCUAAGGAGAAUCUAAUUGAGGCCUUGAUGGAGUUGAGGAAGAAAAUACCCUCCAAGGAAAUUUUACUUUCAACGAAAAUAGGUCAUACAGUGAAUAAGAUGCGGAAGCAUCCAGACCAGGAUGUGGCCACUCUUGCAAAAGAGGUGUACACUAAAUGGAGAAGCUUCAUUAAAAACCAGUCAAACAGACCUUUAAUUGAAGUUAGGUGUAAUCCCAGAACAGAGGGCCUUAGACAGAAUGCACGGAAGCUACUAGCAGAAGCUCUAGAAGUCAAGAUUGGUCACCUGCUGGCAGAAAAUAUUGAGCAAGAAGCUUUUUAUCUCUCUUCCCAUCUCGUUAACACGUCCUACCGCAAGACCGUGCGAGCGCUCGUGUUCUCUUUAAAGCACAAUCCUGAAACUCGUGCACAAGUGCAAAGUGGGGUUUUGCCAGUUAGGAUGUUUGUACAAAGCCACAAAAAGUGAUUCAUAUACCUCCUGCAGAUUUGGAGGGUGUACAAUGGCAUAAGUAUUCCAAAACAUGGGACUUUUUUUUUU